CGUGUUAUUUAGACCCAUUUUUCUAAACGAUUAUACAGCAUUUGUGUUGAAUGUUACCCGGCUGAGCAGAAGAGUACGUCUUUAGCAUCGCCAUUUUAAGCUCAGUGAUCCUCACCAGGCUAAUUCAAAGCUUGUAUAGUUUUUCGAGUUAGGAUUCGGAGCUGUUGAGAAAAUGCCGGCUGUUUACAGUCUAUACAUUAUUAAUAAGUCUGGUGGGCUUAUUUACAACAAGGAUUAUGGCUCUGCUGGAAGGAUGGAUACAAAUGAUAGUUUGAGAAUAGCUAGUUUGUGGCAUUCGAUGCAUGCGAUUUCUCAGCAGUUAUCACCUGUUGCGGGGUGUUUAGGGAUUGAGCUUCUUGAGGCGGAUACUUUUGAGCUUCAUUGCUUUCAGUCUCUUACUGGGACAAAGUUUUUUGUAGUUGCGGAACCUGGAACACAAAACAUGGAGAGUCUGUUAAAGCAUAUCUAUAAACAGUACACAGAUUUCGUUCUAAAAAAUCCUUUUUAUGAAAUGGAGAUGCCGAUUCGGUGUGAGCUUUUUGAUGUCAACCUGUCACAGGCAGUACAGAAAGACCGAGUUGCUUUUCUCGGAUGAUAAAUACAUCCCGUUUCCUGGAAAGAUUGAUCUGGCUACAUUUGUGCAUGCUUGUUGUGUAUUUGUUUCAGUCUUUCAGAUGAUAAGAAUCUUUUGUUCCUUCCUGUGCAUCUAAGUAUCAGUUGGCUUGUAACACUUGCCUGUGAAAUUUCUUUCUAGUGUAGAUUACUGAAAUACACAAUGCAGAAUUUACACAACUGAUUGUGUGUAUCAGAAUUUCCUUUAGAGAUUAUUGCACUUUGUACCCCUGGCUUUGGGUCAUUAGCAAAUGAGUACCCACACUUUGAAACGUGACA